AUGGAUAACGGCACAGUAAUUAACGGCACAUCAUGCCGGCGUCCUGGCAAUAAGUCGGACGCAGCAGCCGUUCCCGUUCCUCGCCGACCGUGGACCGUGAUCGGCGGAAUCGCCCUGAUGUGGCCCGAGGUACAUGAUAACCUUCCCUCCGGGAAAAAGCCAAGCCUACGGAUCAAGACACCAGCAGAUCAUCGCAUGACGGGUGACGGGCAGGAGGCGAAAAAACAGAGUGAGACCGAGGACACCAUCACCGCCUUGGCUCGCACUGCUCACUGCUCGAUCCCACUUGCCGCGAUGUGCGUCCUGGCACACCUUGUCUGCAUGGAUGGCGCCGAGUUUUUGGAUUUCUCUUCACGGGAACAGCUGUUGAUUGGCCACAUUGAGGUGACAGACUACUUCUGCAAGGAUCCUUGUGGGAAAAAAAACCUUUCUACCACCAACGGCUGUGCCGCAAAAUUGAAGAAAAUCAAGAUCGCUAUUACCGGUAGUUGCAGAAGCUUAGCACUGUCCCGCAUGAAGAGCUUCAAGGAGGGUGCGUACGAUGACAAGCUCCCGAGGCAUGUGAAGCAGGCUGGAAAUGGCAUCUGGAGAGGAGGGUUACUCCCGCGCACCCACUUGCAACGUCGACCUUGGAACACGGCGGCCACAUGCAGCAGGAAGCAACUGGAGAGUUGGAGAUAUUCUGAAACCAGUCGCUCCACCCCCACCACCACGUUGGCGGCCCGACCAGACACGAUGGAUGAUGGAGCCCUCCGAAUACCAGAGUUGCAGAGACAGACCCUUCCACCUGCUUCAAGGGCCUUCACACCCUUUCACGCCACUUUUCUUCUCGAAGUUUUGCUGCCAAUGAUGACCGCUGAACCAACGGAUUCGCUGAUCCCUUCACUUUCCGGUAUAAACCGCCCAUCCAUAACGAUCCAUUUACCUGGGCAUUCCACAAGACGGAGUCGCAAUGAGGGUCUAGCCAGCUACGCGGCCUCCGACCUAGAGCUGUCCGGCCUGGUCGAUCCCACUACGCUAGCACGAACCUAA